AAUGUGCUUAUUUUAGAUUGCGGAUUGUGAACCAACCCCUUUAAAACAUUGAUCUGUUCAUGCUGCAGAUUCUUCAGAGUUGCUGAAAGACAAAACUAGCAAAAAACUGUAACUUUUGGAGAAAAAUGAUGGCUCACCACAAAGAAGAAAAGCCCAAUGUCUUACCUGACUUUCUACAUCUGAAUGACUUGGGAUGUGAAACUGUAGGAGGAAAGGUUUUAUUUGCAACAGAUGACUUUUUUGCUCCAGCAGAAAAUCUCCUAAAGAAACCAAGGCCAGUAUUUCAUGCAGACCUGUUCACUGAAUAUGGGAAGUGGAGGGAUGGAUGGGAAACCAGGAGAAAACGGAUUCCAGGUCAUGAUUGGUGCAUCAUUCAGCUGGGAGUGCCAGGUAUUAUUUAUGGGAUUGAGGUGGACACAUCUUAUCUGGCGGGAAACUGUGCUCCUCAGAUAUCCGUCCAAGCUGCACGCUUGAAGCCAGAGGAGGUACCAGCGCUGCCAUCGAGAGGGAACAGAAUAGGGACUGCAUCUUCAGAUGAAGAAUUGAAGGUUGCAGAAAAGAUGAGAUCAGAUGAAUGGACAUUCUUGGUUUGCAUGUCAGAAAUAAAAUCUGGAAACCUUGAUAUUGGCCACAACUAUUUUUCUGUGACUUCAAAGGAAAGGUGGACUCACCUAAGACUCAAUAUAUAUCCAGAUGGUGGGAUUUCACGUUUAAAAGUCUAUGGCACAAUGCUGAGAGACUGGUCACUUUCUGGCUUGAAUGACCUCAGUGAUUUGGUUGCAAUGGUGAAUGGAGGUAUCUGUGUUGGAUACAGUGAUACUCAGUUGGGUCACCCUCAAAAUAUCUUAGGCAUAGGAAGGCCAAAGUCCAUGAAAGAUGGAUGGGAAACAAGAAGAAAUUUGGAAAGACCUCCAGUUUUGAAAGUUGAUGACAAAGGGAUCCUCCUUACUCCUGGAAACGAGUGGGCAAUUUUUCGAUUGGGUCAUUCAGGUCUGAUAACACACAUAGAAGUAGACACAACUUACUUUAAAGGAAACUUUCCAGAUGCUUUUAAACUUGAAGGCUGUAUUUUGAGCAUACAAGAAGAAAAAGACUGCAUAACACAAAAAUGGAAAGACAGUUGUAAAUGGAAGAUUUUGUUGCCUACAACAAAACUUAAACCCCACAAGAGACACUUUUUUGAUGCUACCAUCAUAGAGGCACUGGAUGUGUUUACUCAUGUGAGACUUACUCUUGUCCCAGACGGAGGUAUAAGUAGGAUGCGUCUCUGGGGCUUUCCACGAACUCUGUCACAUGAGAAGUAAUAAAAAUCUUCAAAGAAAAAGGAUCUGCAGCACUUAACUCACUGCUUUAUAGAACUCAAUGUAUUCGUCUCUGUAUCUUGAAGUAUUCCCCCAAGUUGUUGAUUCAAACAUAAUUUGUUUACAAACAACAGCAUCAUUUCUGUAGCUGAGUGAAUAAAAUACAUAUGUGUUUAUUGUC